CUUAUAACUACUAAAUCAUUUGCUCUGGAAAAAUAAUACAGUCGAGGAACCGGAAAGAAAAUAUAAUAAUAAUUAAAAAUAAAUAAAUUAUUGUUGCUUUCCUGCUGCUGCUGCUGGUGGCAACAUUUAAAUCCUUUAUUUCCCUGACACUUCGCUAAACUUGCUACCAAGCAACCGAGCCAUCUCUCUCCCUCCGCCAAAUUCCACCGCCUCAAAAAAUUCCCCCAAAAAAGGGCAGCGGCCACCGGCUCCGGCGAAAACCACGCCCCGUCAACGGUGACUCAAUGCGAAGUAGUCGCGAACACAGAGAGAACUAAAUUUCCAAGUACACAGGAGCGAUGUCGCCGCAGAAACGAUCCUCGCCGAUCUCAGCGCCUCCGGCGGCGAGUCCCGGGAGCAGCGAUCUCAAGCCACGAGUCAUAGCCUGCCUGAACAAGCUCUCCGACCGCGACACCUUCGCCGUCGCCACGGCCGAGCUCGAGUCAAUCGCUCGGAGCUUGACUCACGACUCGUUCUCUCCGUUCCUCAACUGCAUUCACAACACCGAUUCCUCCUCCAAAUCCCCCGUCCGGAAGCAAUGCGUGAGCCUGCUGGCGCUCCUCUCUCACUCCCACGGGAACUCGCUGUCCCCUCACCUUUCCAAAAUGGUCUCCACCGUCGUCCGCCGCCUCCGGGACCCGGAUUCCGCCGUCCGGUCGGCCUGCGUCGAGGCCGCCGCCGCCAUGUCGUCUCAGGUCACGCAUCCUCCCUUCUCCACCGUCUCGAAGCCGCUCAUAGAGAUGGUGACGGUGGAGCAAGAUCUGAACUCCCAGAUCGGAGCCGCGAUGUGCCUGGCGGCGGCGAUUGAGGCGGCGCCGGAGCCGGAGGUUGAGCAGCUGAGGAAGGUGCUGCCUAGGCUGGGUAAGCUGGUGAAGGGAGAAGGAUUCAAGGCCAAAGCGGCAUUGUUGAGUGUGAUUGGGAAUAUUGUAGGCGUUGGAGGCGCGGCGAGUAAGAGCAUUUUGGAAUGGUUAGUGCCCUGUUUGGUUGACCUAUUGAGCUCUGAAGAUUGGGCGGCGAGGAAGGCUGCGGCCGAGGCAUUGGGGAAGAUUGCAGUUGCGGAGAAACAAGCAGCCAAGGAUCAUAGAACUUCGUGUUUGAGCUCUUUGGAGAACAGGAGGUUUGAUAAGGUAAAGCUUGUUCGAGAGACUAUGAACCGUACCCUGGAGUUGUGGAAGGAGGUAGAUGGUGGUUCUGACCAAGAGAUUUCAGUGUCAAGCCUCUCUAGAUCUUCUUCAGGAGGAGAUAAUGGUAAUGGUGGAUGCAUCAGAAGCUCUAACAACGUUGGCUAUAAAACGCCUUCUUCAUCAAGGAAGUCUUUCCCACCACCCAGUAGGUCCCCUCCAUCGGAUGCUUCUCCUGUUGUGACCACAGCCAAGAAGCAAAGUCUUGUGAAGAGUAAUGACAGCAAUUCAAGGCCGGCAAUGUUUCAGAAAGUGGACCACAGGAGGCCUUCUCCCAAUUGGAAAAUUGAAGUUGCUGUAGCACCACAGGAGAAGGCCUGUGAAGAUGACAUCAAGAUGCAGGAGCCAAAGGUCCUGAAACCGGUCGAGGAAGUGAAAAAUGGGAGUUUGAGUCCAGAAACUAAGCGGGUGCUCUUCAGCAGCAGCAGCACCCGCGGCGGCCAUGACAAGCUUCACAAAUUUGGUGGGUUCAGAUCUGGGUCGAGGGUGGUUCCUUAUGACUACGAUGAUGAGGGGGAUGACGGUGAAAUGUGUUACACCAAAGGAGUCGGGUUGAACAAGCCUGCUGAAGAUUUGUAUGAGAAUCCCAAAGAGAUGGAGGAUCUGUCCUUGAUACGUGAACAACUUGUUCAGAUUGAAACCCAGCAAUCCAAUCUUUUGGACCUUCUCCAGAGAUUCAUGGGGAGCUCUCAGAGCGGGAUUAACUCUCUGGAGACGAGAGUGCGUGGUUUGGAAAUGGCAUUGGAUGAAAUAUCACAUGACCUGGCUGUAUCAAGAGGAAGGAUACCCGAGACCGAUUCAGCCGAUAACACAUGCUGCAAGCUCCCCGGCACAGAAUUCUUGAGCUCGAAGCUAUGGAGAAGACCAGACGGCGAUCAGUACUCUGCAGCUUCAAGGUUCCCUUCGUCCCGUAUAAUGCAAUCACGAAACAGCCUCGGGAAUAGUGGGGCAUAUCUCCCCGAUGGCAGGAGAUUUCAGCAGAGACAUAGUACCAGCAAAGGUGGUUUUGUUGGCAACUCGUUGGAAGGCGUUCAUAUUCUUGGCAGGGCCAAUAUGGCAGGGCUCUCUCCGAGACAAAUGUCAAGCAAACUAUUUCAAGAUGAAGCAAGUAGUCAAAGGGCGAGUAUCUGAAACACCAGCUGCGCCAAUUGCGUUUGUGCUAUGACCAAACUUGAGGCAGCAGCCAGGUAAUAAAAAAUCUCUUUUCUCUAUAUCGAUUCGAUUCAUCGAAUGUUGUCUUACAAUCUGUUGUACCAGAUCUAAAAUUGGAUCCCUCUCUAUAUGGAUCCUCAUGUUGAUCAGUAAAUAACAAGUAAAUUAGAAAUCAUUGGUCAUGUUGGUCAUGUCAGUCCACUCAGGCCCUUUGUGAUCAUUCCCAUUCAGUUUAACAUUGAAUCUGAAUGUCUUCAUUAUAGUGCUUUCGCUGAUUCUCGUGACUGUUGUAAUCAGGUUUACUACUGAAUCAAAAUCAUAGCGGAGAGUCUCAUUGGGAAAGAGAAUUUGAAGAUGCUAAACAAGUUUGAUCGAUCACACGGGAGCCUAUUAGUUAAAAAGAAACACAGGGAUAUCUUGAAGGUAGAGUGGCAGCAGAGUAUGGAAAUGAGAGUCGUCUGGAUUGGAUGUGUACAGGAAGACGAAACUGAAGUUAUCAUCAUCAUCAAUGGCGCCUUCUCGUUUCUUUCCCCCUCCACAAUGCUUCUUAUGUGUUGGGAAUGAAUGUUGGUCUUGUUUGUCGAGCAGGUGUGGAAGUAGGAUCACAGUCUUUUCAUUAUUUGCGCCUAAAGGGUUAACAUUUGCGAUUAGGAAAAUUGGGGCUUCUUCAGCAGGUUGCAAUUUCUUUGUUUGCUUUUGGGGCUCUCAGUAGUUUCCACGAGCAGAAUGGGAUGGAGGCAAUAAUACGAGAGAGCUUUUUGUGGUACAAAAUGGACACGUGCAAAAUGAACAAACACAGACUACAAACUCAAUCAAAUUCCACAAACAAGAAAAGCAAA